AGAGGGUGGGCUACGAAGGAAAAGUAGCUUUCUCCCGCGCUCUCGGCGGGCGGAAAGUGURGAUCGCCUGGGGUGGCGUCACUUCCGGUGGCCAUUUGGCGCGGCGGGGCGGCCGUUGGCCCGGAGCGUCGCCGCCGCCGCCGCCAUCAUGACGGACCGUUACACGAUCCACAGCCAGCUGGAGCACCUGCAGUCCAAGUACAUCGGCACGGGCCACGCCGACACCACCAAGUGGGAGUGGCUGGUGAACCAGCACCGCGACUCCUACUGCUCCUACAUGGGCCACUUCGACCUGCUCAACUACUUCGCCAUCGCCGAGAACGAGAGCAAGGCGCGCGUGCGCUUCAACCUCAUGGAGAAGAUGCUGCAGCCCUGCGGGCCGCCCGCCGACAAGCCCGACGAGUCCUAGCCCCGGCCGGCGC